CUCUUGUUAACACACUCUCCUGGAGCUGUGCAGCAGCCAGGGUCCAGUCAUUUGCCUGAGAACCCCAAACUUUUGGCCAAAGGACACUCUUCUUUUGCGCCCCUAACCUUUUCGGUUUGCGUAUUUGUUUUUGCCUCCGACUGUAGCUCACCAUAUUUAUUCUCUCCACCACCACCAUCUCGCUCUUGUCUCAUUGCACCGCAUUACUUUCUUCUUUAACUUUUCUCAGUCCUGGUAUAUAUGCUUACAAAUGCAUACUUGCGCGGAGAGAUUUGAAUUGAUGUAAACACGUAUGCCUUCAUCGUUUUUAACGAUAGCAAGCCUCUUCCGCCACGUUUUGAUGCGAAUAUACCAGCUUCUCUGUGAAUAUUUAUAAUUGGAGGCAGAGCUUUUUGGGAAGGAUUGAAUUACAGUGUAUUCUUUGGAUAAAAUAAAGAUGGCGGCGGCGGUUGUGGAGGCGAACGGGCUUAAGAAGCAGGAGAAGGGCGCCGGCGGCAUUGACGGACCUACCAAUCCUAUGGUGACGCCUCUCUUGACGGAUCUUUAUCAGUUCACCAUGGCGUAUGCUUACUGGAAAGCCGGCAAGCACAGUGAACGCGCAGUGAUUAUUAACUUGAGUCCUAGUCGUGCAUGUGUGUUUCUCGAGGUUGUUGCAUUUAAUGGUGCUGAAAUUCAUGUUUCUUCUGAGAGGUUUGACUUGUAUUUUAGGAGGAACCCAUUUGGUGGGGAGUACACAGUUUUUGCUGGUCUAGAAGAGUGUAUAAGGUUAAUUGCUAACUUUAAAUUCACAGAGGAUGAGAUUGCUUUUAUUCAAGCCUCCUUACCCUCAUCAUGCGAGAUUGGCUUCUACAACUACCUUCGUGGAUUAGAUUGUUCUGAUGUGGAGAUACAUGCCAUUUCUGAAGGAUUUGUUGUAUUUCCAAAGAUACCAUUGAUGAGGGUUGAAGGACCAGUAGCUGUGGUCCAAUUGCUUGAAACGCCUCUUGUUAAUCUUAUAAAUUAUGCAUCAUUGGUUGCUACAAAUGCUGCAAGGCAUCGAUUUGUUGCUGGGAAGUCCAAACUUCUUCUUGAAUUUGGGCUGCGGAGGGCACAGGGACCUGAUGGGGGCAUAGGAGCAUCAAAGUAUUGCUAUAUGGGUGGAUUUGAUGCGACAAGCAAUGUUGCUGCCGGAAAAUUAUUUGGAAUACCACUCCGCGGAACACAUUCCCAUGCCUUUGUCAGCUCGUUUAUGAGCCCUGAUGAGAUUACUGAGAAGUCACUCAAGAGUGCUGAUGGGCCAAAUGUUUGUGAGGAUUUUGUUGGUUUGGUGCAGGCAUGGUUAAGCAAAUUAAAGUGGUCGAAGUUGUUAGGUGGAAUUUUUGGCGAAACGAAUCAAAGUGAAUUAGCUGCCUUCGCCUCAUACGCCCUUGCAUUUCCAAAAAACUUUUUAGCUCUGGUUGACACAUAUGAUGUUAUGAGAAGCAGCAUUCCUAAUUUUUGUGCAGUUGCUCUAGCUUUAAAUGAUUUAGGGUAUAAAGCAUUAGGUAUUAGACUGGACUCUGGUGACCUUGCUUACCAGUCAUGUGAGGCUCGAAAAUUCUUUCAGGCAAUUGAAAAGGAAUUCGGAGUGCCAGAUUUUGGAAGGACAAGUAUUACUGCAAGUAAUGACCUGAAUGAAGAAACUUUAGAUGCUUUAAACAAACAGGGUCACGAAGUUGAUGCAUUUGGAAUUGGAACACAUUUGGUCACAUGCUAUGCUCAACCCGCCCUAGGCGUUGUCUUCAAAUUGGUUGAAAUAAAUAACCAGCCACGCAUCAAGCUUUCGGAAGAUGUUUCAAAGGUCUCAAUUCCAUGCAAAAAAAGAUGUUACAGGUUAUAUGGGAAGGAAGGUUAUCCUCUUGUGGACAUUAUGACAGGGGAAAGUGAACCAUCGCCAAAGGUAGGUGAGCGUAUAUUGUGUCGCCAUCCUUUUAAUGAAUCCAAGAGAGCAUAUGUGGUGCCACAGCGUGUAGAAGAGCUUAUGAAGUGUUAUUGGCCUGGUAGAUCAGGAAAAGAUAGAGAAGAGUUACCACCUAUUAAUCUGAUUAGAGAACGAUGCAUUAAACAAUUGGAGCAGAUGCGACCUGACCACAUGAGAAGGUUGAACCCAACACCAUAUAAGGUGAGUGUAAGUGCAAAAUUAUACGACUUCAUACAUUUCCUGUGGCUCAAUGAAGCACCUGUGGGAGAGUUGCAGUGAGCGUAAAUGCAAG